AUGGCAUUUGUCAAAGAAGUAGGCGCUCUUCUGGCUUGCCUUCCUUUUAACAAGUUCCAGCAACUGUCUGCUGCUCAGAUGUUGGUGAAUGUUGAAAAAUUAUUGGCUGUCCCCAUGACAAACCUUCAGCAGCAAUUCCUCGCUCAGAGUAUUUUGAAGGCAUAUACUAACUUGACAUCCCAGGAUUUCAAGAGGCUGGGAAAUCUAACUUGUCUAGGGCAUACAGUUGACUUACUGCCCUAUCUGCACACACCUGCCAUGGACAUCAUUAAGAAAAACAUACAGAGCUGCCUUCGUAUGGGUUUCAUCGUUCCCAGUGAAAUGAUUUCACUCUUCCUUGUGAACAGCACAUUUUUGAAUAACGUAUCAGCCCUCAGUAUCGAGCAACUCAAUGACUUGGCAGUGGUAAUGCCAAAGCUAGGCCUCCCCUUUCUCAAACAGCUUCUGCCCUCUCAGGUUGAAGCUUUGCUUCCAGUGCUCAGCUCUGUGCAGUUCUCUCCAUUUCAGGCCCAGGAGCUGGUAGACAAGCUGUUCCUGAGCAAAUCGGACAUUCUUCCAGUGACACUCAGCAGUUUGGGCUCUCUCAUUACUGGGGUGCGUCCAGAGAUUCUGCGGGGACUGUCAGAAGACACACUUGCAUAUGGUUUGGCAAAUAUCAGUAAUUGGAAGUCUCUCCUGAAUCCUGUCCAGAAGGCAACCAUUGCUAGUAAACUCUGGGCAUCUAACAGAGUCAAAGAAUGGUUUGACAUCCUGGAGCCUCUGGUUUCUGAGACCCCACUUUUGAUUGUAAAAUCACAGCUGAAUGCUCUACUCUCCAACAUCUCAGCUACUAGUCGCAUGUCAUGGAACAACCAGCAGGCUAAUCUCCUUUUCAGGGAAACCCACCGUGACAAGGGGAUCAGGACAGAGAGUUUCCUUCAAUCUCUUGGAAAAAUUCUUCAAGGUAUUGACUGCACAACUAUAGGCAACUUGCUUGCCAGCUCAACAUCUCCCUCCUCGGCUAGUUAUCAGAUUUUGCUGUUCUUUCAGCAGGUUGCAGUGCAGCUGCCAAGUGCCCUGAAACAGUGCAUAAUUGAGCAGAUGAGCAAUGUCAGCUUAACAACAGUGCUGCUGCAGGAUCUAGGUGCCCAGGUGGCAGUUGAGCUCCCGAUCAGCAAGGUUAAAAGGCUGUCUACUGAUGUGAUGCAAAGUUUGCGAACAAUGAUUAUCCAGGAUCCAAAUGAAUUUCUCAGUCUUCCAAAGAUCAGACAGGUCCUGUUAGUGGAUAAAGUGGCUCAGAGGCUGGGUGUCUAUGGUGGGGAGUUCACCAAGGAAGAGUUUGAGUCACUUGGUGUGAUGGCAUCUAGGGUGGUGGAAGAGGUCUUUAUCAACCUUUCCCGGCCCUUUCUAGCAGAAAAUAUACAAGAGCUUAACAAUGGGUGCAUUGACAAGACUAAAGGAGAUAUCCUUGGGGCAAUGCUGGAAGAGACAAAUGUUUUUGGUCCAGCAUCCAAUUGGACCGAUGUAAAAAUGGAUCAGAUAGACAGAUUUGUGUUCUUUCUACCAAAUCCUGCAAUGAAGAAGAUUCCAAAAAGCCUCAUGUCACUUGAAAGAAUUGAGCGGCUAUUCCAAACCCAGAAGCAGUGGGAUAAAAGUGCAGUUGGAAUUGCCUGCGCACAGAAUGUUGAAGAAUCGGACAAGGAAGCCAUGUUCAGAAGCCAGCAGCUUCUGCUGCAGUAUUUUUUGAGUGUAGUCAAAAGUGGAGUUUCACCAAAACUUGCUUUGCCUCCAAGUUGUAGCAGUGUCCAGUUCACAUUGCCUUCAGCAUGGGAUCUGGAAAGUCUCAAAAGCAUGUCAACAGAUGAUUUCAUCAAUUGCCUGGAAACCUUUGGUCAAGACCCACACUUCCAGCCAGAGAAUCUUUCUCAGCUACUGCUCAGAGUUAAGCAGAUUUUUGGUCCUGCUGCCUCUCUGCCCUCAAAAACCAUCAAGUUCCUUGGGCUGAUAGCCACAGGAUUCACAGAAAAUGAACUCAUGCAAUUGGACCUCUCAGACCUGACAACUGUUGCCACUCUGGGGAAAAUUGAAAUAUGGUCUUCUCAACAGCUGUCUGCCCUCUACACAGCCUAUCUAAACUCUAGCAAGCAGACUUCAGGUAGCUUUGAUGUUAGUGUUCUGGUGGCACUUGGAUACAUCAUCUGUGGCAGUAAGGUAUCAGACAUUUCUGUGAUGAAUCCUGUGGAAUUCAGUAAAGCAGUUCUUUGGAUUGGAAAGUUGAAACUGUCCUGCUCUGAAAAUCAACUGGAAGAAAUGGCCAAGCUGCUAAUGCACAGCCUUGCAUUUGGGCCAGCAAGUAACUGGCAUGGUGACACCUUCCUGGAGAUUGGAACUAUUGCAGCUGGACUUCCAGAUUUUGUGUUGUCAUCACUUGUGAAAGAACAAAUUGAAAGCCUUACACCUUUGGCUAUAUCCAGCAUUCCCCCUUCAAAGUUAUCUGUGGCGUUUAGCCCCACCCAGAUUCAAAUGUUCACUUAUAAUCAGGGAGUUGCCGUCACUGCAGAUCAGCUUCUGGCCCUCGACAGUCAACAGCGGGCUGCAUUAUCCAUGGUGCUGGCAUCCUGGGAUGACAGACAAAUUGAUUUUCGAGGUCCAGUUCCUUUACCUGAAAUCCACUCCGGCAUAAUUCAUCUUAUUGAGUUCAAUGCCACAGUGACUUUGACAUGUAUGGCCACUGGUUGA